ACCCAAAAAGAUAUUUUUGGAAACAUUUUUUAUCAGAAGACUCCUAACGUGAUGAAAGCAUUCGGCUAGCAACACCACUACAGAUGUAGCAGAUUGGUUUGAUGGAAGUAUCCUUGAAUUUGAAAGGAUGGUUUGAGGGAAUUUAUAUCUUCAUUUUCCAGAGGAUAUGCUUUGAGAUCUGUGAUGACUGCCCGUAGUUCCACUUCUAUGAUGAGAUUUGAUCCAGUUUCAGUCAUAUGAUGAGAAUCUACAAUCCCACUUAUGUGAUGGGAUCAUGUUGCAGACUUGUCUCAGAGGCACAGAGGAAGUAAAUAGUUUAGAUUGCUGUUGUGUAAAUCAGACAUGGGAUGAAAUGUUUUACUCUACUGAUGUCCCAUUGGAUACUUUCCAUGGGAUGGAGAUAGGUUGGAUUUGUGAGAUGAUACAGAGACAUACAGGAACACACAAGGUGACAAGUGAUUUCAUCCCUGAGACAUUAAUAAUGUAGUAUAUAGAGCUGUGUUGACUUUAACCUCACACAAAAUGGAGGUGACUGGUAUUGUAAACCAAAGGAAUAGCUUUUUUCAUAAACUCACUCAUGUACGUCUUUCUCGUCUCAUCAUGACUCUGUUUGUUAUUUUGAUUGCUGCUCCUCUAGUAGCCCAUUACUACCUCUCAAAGAUAACAAGUGAUGUUGAUGGUGGCACACCAGACCCGAAACUGAAACGGAAAAACCCUCUUGAUAGAAAAGACCCAUUUCAUACAACAGAUGUGAAAACACAGUUGAGUGAAUUACACAGGAUCAAAACAUCAGUUAGUAAUGAAUUACGUGACUUAGAGAGUAAACGUCAGAAAUUACAAUCCCAGAUAUCGAAAUAUCACAUGGACAUCGAAAAAUUACGUGCAGAAAAAGAUAACUUGGAGAAGGAUAUAAAAACGACUCAGUUAAGUCUGGAUCAACUACGACUAGAGAGAGAUGAGCUUGACCAGCGUUACAUUCCGAUAUUAAAAGCUCCUCAACAAAUACUGUUAGGACCUGACGCAAAUACUCACAUAGUUCCUCCAGUAUCUUCUGUAUCUUGUCAUAUGCAUUCAUGUUUUGACUAUUCACGUUGUUCUGUUCUAUCAAGAUUCCCUGUGUAUUUUUACACUGGAAAACAACUUCUAGAUUUUGGAACCAUAGAUUCUUUUAUCGAAAGUUCUGUAUCAGAAAUUCUUGGCAAAAAUCAGUAUAGAACAUAUGAUCCAACAUCUUCCUGUAUAUAUGUAGCAGUUGUAGGUCAGACGAAAUCUCAAAGCACUGAUUUAAAAUCUUUAGAAAAAGCCCUGCAUAGUUUGCCAUACUGGCAUGGAGAUGGCAGAAAUCAUGUAAUUAUGAAUAUUCUUCGACAGCCCGGAAAUGCCAACAUGUUCAGUGGCGUAAAUACUGGACGAGCUGUCAUCGCUCAGACUGCUUUCACAGAAACCAAUUACAGGGCCAAUUUUGAUGUCUUAAUCCCACCCAGUUUAGGCAAAGUGUCCGGAGAUAUCUGGCAAGAUCUUCCACCGUGUUCUCCUAUCCGACGGAAAUAUUUCCUGUCAUUUGUUGGUGUGUAUAAUAAUGGUGUUUUACAGAGUAAACCAGUGAUAUAUCAGAAUUCAAAUGUGAAUAUUGAGUCUAAUGAAUUGAACAAUUUGUUUGAGAAUGGUCAUGGGUCUGAUGAUGUUAAUUAUCAAAAUCGUAACUUAAAAUCAAUCAAUGAUGUGAAUAAUAUAGAGGAAGGAGAAGAAGAAGAGAAGGAGUUAGACUUUGAAAAAACUAUUGUAGAAUAUUUAAAAGGGAUGGAAAAGGCGACUGAUCAUGAUCAGUAUACACAGUUCUCCUGUGAUAACCCUGUACCUGGUGCAGUGAUUGGUGAGUGGGCCUUGUGUGGGGAUGCCAGCGAACGACGAGACUUACUAGUGCAAUCAACAUUUGCUCUUAUAUUUGCACCAUUGAACACUAGCUAUGUAUCAACAGCAGUCUUUCAGAUUCGUUUGUAUGAGAGUUUAAAAUAUGGGGCAGUGCCUGUUGUUUUAGGCAAUUACAUGCAAUUACCGUUUGAUGAAAUCCUAGAUUGGAAAAAAGCAGCCAUUAUUCUUCCGAGGGCUCGUUUGGCUGAAGUUCAUUUCAUUUUAAGGACAUAUACAGAUAAUGAUAUUGCUCUGAUGCGGAGACAAGGCAGAUUUGUGUACGAGACUUACUUUGGUACAUCCUACAACAUAUUCAAUACUGUGUUAGCCAUACUACGAACUAGACUCACCAUUCCUGCUGUACCAGUGCCAGACGUACCCUCCCCCAGUGUCUUCAACACUACAUUCCUUACCCUAAAACUGGAGGGACCGGAACCAAACCCAGAGACCGAUGAGGUGCUGGGGCCAUUGGAAAAUCCUUUUGGCUCCCUCAAAUUUAAACAGAAUUUCACUCAAUAUGUUGCCUACCAAAUGUUUCAGCAUCCAGGAGAUCCUUUACGUAUGUUCCCAAACACGCCAUUUGAAGAAAUACUUCCUUCAGAAGCCAAAUUCCUAGGGUCAGGGUAUGGCUUCCGGCCGGUCAAUAAAGGUGAAGGGGGAGCUGGAAGGGAAUUCAGUGAAUCCUUAGGAGGUAACAUUCCUCGGGAACAGUUUACAAUUGUGAUGUUGACCUAUGAGCGAGAGGCUGUCCUGAUUGGUGCUAUACAGAGGCUGAAGGGACUGCCGUUCCUCAAUAAAGUCCUUAUUGUGUGGAAUAACCCAGUAGCCCCUUCUCCAGAACUCAGAUGGCCUGAAAUACAUGUUCCCAUAUUGGUUAUCAGAACUGCCAAAAAUAGCCUCAACAACCGCUUCUUGCCCUUUGAUGCUAUAGAAACAGAGGCCAUUUUGAGUAUAGAUGAUGAUGCCCAUCUCCGUCAUGAUGAAAUCAUAUUUGGAUUUAGGGUAUGGAGAGAGGAGCGUGACCGGAUUGUUGGAUUUCCGGGGCGGUUCCAUGCCUGGGAUGUACACUCCAACGCCUGGCUCUACAAUUCUAACUACUCCUGUGAGCUGUCAAUGGUUCUAACCGGAGCAGCAUUCUUUCAUAAGUAUUAUUCCUAUCUCUACACCUACUCCAUGCCUCAAGCAAUCCGCAAUAAAGUAGAUGAGUUUAUCAACUGUGAAGACAUUGCCAUGAACUUCUUGGUUUCUCACAUCACAAGGAAACCGCCGAUAAAGGUGACCUCACGUUGGACAUUUCGUUGUCCUGGCUGCCCACGGACUCUGUCUAAUGACAGUUCACACUUUGAUGAACGCCACAAGUGUAUUAAUUUUUUUGUAAAAGUAUAUGGUUAUAUGCCAUUGCUAUACACUCAGUAUCGGGUGGACUCAGUGCUCUUCAAAACUCGCCUUCCUCAUGACAAACAAAAGUGCUUCAAGUUUAUUUAACUUGUAAUCUGUAACCUGAGAACUUUGCUCACAUAAAGUUGAACCAUGUGAUGUAGCCCUUCCUACAGGAUUCAUUGUGGUAUAUAAUGGUUUUCUGACAUUGUGGGAUUUAAAACAGAAAAUUGUAUUACUUAUUUGCAUUUCGUAAUUGAAAUGUUAAUUCAGGAAAGAUGUUGAAAACUCUCUAACAGGUGAGCUUGAAAUCAGGAAUUUAAUGCUUUAUGGCUACAAUAGCCGUCCCAGUUUGUUAACAAGUUGUAAUGUUAAUGAUAUUUUUCAUAUUCAUGACCUAGUUUAUUUAUGUGACCUUAUUCAUAUUCACGACCUAGUUUAUAUAUGUGACCUUAUUCAUAUUCACGACCUAGUUUAUAUAUGUGACCUUAUAUUCAUGACCUAGUUUAGUAUGUAACCUCAUUCAUGACCUAGUUUAAGAUAUAUAUAGAAUAUGAUAUUAAGUGGUUUCCCCUUUAAUAUCCUAUAUAAUUCAAAAGUAUGACAGAAUAUCUAAAUCUUCUCACGAGUGAAAAAUAUAGAUACAUUAUGUCAUUCAAGAGAAAUAUUUAUGAAAUUUAACUGAAAACCAUUAAACUUUUUUUUUGUACAUUUUUAAAGGAAAACCAAAGAAAAGUGACUCCAAAUAUCAAAUAAAGCAGUGUUAAAAAAAGUCCAAGAAAUAUUGGUGUGCUCUUUACCUUCAGAUAGUUUGAUGUUUAACUUGACAACAAGACGACGCCAUUGUGAAUAGGCUGCAUUAUGUGGUAUUUUACCAUUUUAUGCUGUUAUCUGCUAAGAAUCGCUUACAAAACUGAUUUUAUAUACCAAGUUAGAGAAAGCCAGUAAUGUACAUGGAAAUUAUUUGAUGGAAAACAAACUUAUUCAACCUAAGCUUGCUUUGUGUCCGAACAGGAAAAUUGGAGAAUUUCAAUGCAGUGACUUCAAAGCACCCAUCUGUUUGGUCAAAAAUAGGAGAGCUGUAUCAUCACUAGUUCUCAUUAAAGAUUUCUUUUAUCAUCACUGCAGUUUAUUUGUGUGACCUUAUUCAUAUGUGUGACCUGGUUUAUGUGUGAGACCUUAUCCAUAUGUGUGACCUGGUCUAUGUCUGUUACCUUAUUCAUAUGUGUGACCUGGUUUAUGUGUGUGACCUUAUCCAUAUGUGUGACCUGGUCUAUGUGUGUGACCUUAUUCAUAUGUGUGACCUUAUCCAUAUGUGUGACCUUAUCCAUAUACACAAUCAUGUGUUUCUCUGACCUUGUUUACCUGUAUUGAUAUUUUCACUUUGAUUUUUAUAUGACUCCAGCAUAAAUGUGACCUAGAUAAACGUAUGUGACUUACCUCGUAGUUUCUAUACAUGAUCAAAUUUUCAUAUGUGACCUAGUUAAACUGUCUACUUAAUAUACAUGACCUAGAAUAGUUUUGUAUGGUCUAAUUUAUGACCUAGGUUAGGUAUUUUUGAUCUGAUUAUAGGAUAUCUGACUCUGUUUACAUAUAAAUCAAUUAUUGAAUUAUUGAAAAAUAUAUUACGCUGUCAUUGUUAAUUAAAACAAAUAAUCACCAGAAAUUCUGAGUCCUAUGAAUUCUUUAUAUUUCAGUUUUUUUUUUCAUUUCUGCAGAAUUGAAAAUAAAGACAUGGUUGAUUAUCAGAUACAGAAGUAUUACCGGAUUUUGCUUUACAUUGUCAUGUACUGUACACUGUAAAGGAUUUUACACUUUAGUUUUCGAUAUGAAAAAGAUGUCUGUUUUUUACUGGAACAUCUCUUUUCCACUGUUAUCUACUGAAAUGUCAAUAAGAUAUCAUUUAAUGAAAAUAUCACAACGAAUAUUAUGAUAUCAAAAUCUGUUAUGGAGAAUAUUCAUAAAAAUUACAACUUAUAACGUAGUUACUGGCAUAUACCAUGAUAUAUUGAUUUAUCAGAAAAUUAUAAUAGAUAACCUUAUGGUAAUGUUAUAGUGUUUAUCUCAUAAUAUAUAAAUAUGCCAUGACUUUGUUUAUUAAGUAUUACAUAGUUAUUCAAUCCCUUCUGAUGGUAAUUACAGAGUUAUUGCCCUUUGUUAAAAUUUUGUAUCAUGGACAUAACUUUUAGAUUAGGAUAAUGAAACUUGGUGUAUACAUCGAUCCUACAAAGACUAUGUACAAUGAGCCCACAAACCCUUAACUACAGAGGUGUGGCCCUUUGUUAGAAUUUUUGUAUCCAGAACAUAACUUUGCCCACAGUUAUUUGAGGAUCAUGAAACUUGAUGUAUACAUUGGUCAUGCAAAGAAAAAGUGCAGUGUGCCUAAUUAAGGACCAGCAUCCCCUCAGUAAUUAUGUUCUGUGUUUUUUUGUGUCUCGACCGUAACUUUGCUUGCAUUUAAACUAGGAUAAUGAAAAUUAGUGUAUUCGUUGUUCAUGCAAAGAAAAUGUGCAUUGUAUCAAAUUCAUAGCCUAAAACUCCUUAAUUACAGAGUUGUUGCCCUUUGUAAAUUUCAUCUUUUUUUUUGUUUUUGUCUGAUGCAUAAUUUAAAAUGCUUCUAUUAAAACUUAGAUAAUGAAACUUGGGUGUAUAUUUGGUGUAUGCAUUACUCAUACUAAGAGGACGUACCAAAUUCAGUGCCUGAAACCCCUUAAAUACUUAGUUGUUACCAAUUGUUAAAAUUUUUUGUCAAAUUAAGAUGUUUUCAGGAGCACUCAUUGGUUUUACUGACACUCUUGUUUUUUACAGCUCACCCGGUCUGAAGGACUGAAGAGUUUAUGCCAUACCACAGCGUCUGUUGUCUGUCAUCUUUUCCUUCAAGUUAUAAACCACCAAUCAUAUUGUUACAUUACCAAAUUUGGUCAGAAGCAUCUUUGGUUGAAGGAAUUAGAUUUAAAUGGUUGAUGUUGAUCCCCUGGGCCCCAAGUUCUUUAAAAUCCUAUUCUUCCUUUAAGCAUUAAUGGAUAUUGCCGACAUUUGCUCUGAAGUAUUAUUUGAUGAAAAGAAAUAAAUAUUGUAUUACAGUUGGUACCAGCCCUGAGGGUUGAGGACUAAAAGAUGAAAUUGAGAAGAUAGUGUAAAAUCCUACUCCACCUGUGGGAACAAUUGGAUUAUAACUGAAUUUGGUCUGAAAUAUUCUUUGGUGAAGUGGAAUCAGUUUUGAAUAAAGAUGGGUCUCAGCUCCAUUAUGGCAGGAAGGACGGGUUCCAAUGGAGGACCUCUUGAAAAUGUUAUGAAACCUUACCCCUCCUGUAGAAAUAAUUGGAGUUUGUCUAAAUUUGAACUGAAGCAUUCUCAGGCGAAGGGAAAUUUGUACUAUUUAAACAGUGCAUCUUGGCCCCUUGGGGCAGGAGGGGGCAGUGCGUAGUCAGGGAAACAGAGCAAAUUCUUUAAAACCCUCUCCUUUUGUAGUCGUGAAUAAAUAUUCCCCAAAUUUGGUCUGAAACAUACUUGGAGAUGAAGGAUGAAGGGGAAUCAAUUUUGUUUAAAUGUUGGGUCUUGACCUCCUGGUGUGGGAGGGUGGGGACCAAUAUAAGAAAUUUAGGAAAUCCCCUAAAAUCUUACUCCUUCUGUAGGAAUGAAUGGAUUAUUACCCAAUUUGGUCUGAAAUAUCUUUUGUUGAAGGGGAAUCAACUUUGUAUGAAUAGUGGGUUUUGGCCCACUACAGUGAAAGGGCUGGGCCCAAUAGGGGAAAUAGAUGUGAAUAAUUCUGCUUGUCCAAAUGAGAUCUGAAGAAUCCUUGGAUGAAAAGGAUUCAGCUUUAAAUAAAUUGUGCAUUUUACUCCUUUUGGAGUCUACUAAGUUAAAAGAUACAAGUCUCUUUAAUUGUUUCCUUUAGUUUUAAUGAAACAAUUCAGCACACUAAACCAGAUGAGAAAUACAGGUUCUAUAUUACUUCUCGCCUGAGAACAUCCUUAGAUUUGUCUUAUUUGUAAAAAAAAAAGUAAAAAUUUGGAAUUUGUUAUUUAUUGAAAAUUCAACAUCCUUGUUCCAGUUAAGAAAUUUGUCCAUUUCAUUUUAGUCAUAUUCAGGUGAGUUACAUCCAUGUACAUCAUACCAGUUUCUGUUAUCACCUUUGAUUGACAUUUCACAAAGAGCAUUUAAACAGGAAACAAAGGUCAUAGAUUUAUGCAGUAUUGUGAAAAUAUUGUAAAGUAUUUUAUGAUUGCUUCAAAUAAAUGUCAUCAAAUAUUCA